CCGGGUGUUGUCUGACCGCCGUCGCGCGUCUCGGGUCUCCCGGCCACCGCCCGGGUCGUGGAGCCAGGAGCGACGUCACCGCCAUGGCGGGCAUCAAAGCUCUCAUUAGCUUGUCGUUUGGAGGAGCAAUUGGCCUGAUGUUUUUGAUGCUGGGAUGUGCCCUUCCAAUAUACAAUCAAUACUGGCCCCUCUUUGUGCUGUUUUUUUACAUCCUCUCACCCAUUCCGUACUGCAUAGCGAGAAGAUUGGUGGACGACACGGACGCCAUGAGCAACGCCUGUAAGGAGCUCGCCAUCUUCCUCACAACAGGCAUCGUCGUCUCCGCCUUUGGGCUCCCGGUCGUCUUUGCCAGAGCACACCUGAUUGAGUGGGGAGCUUGCGCCCUCGUUCUCACGGGGAACACCGUCAUCUUCGCGACUAUCCUGGGCUUCUUCCUGGUCUUUGGGAGCAACGAUGACUUCAGCUGGCAGCAGUGGUGAGAGGAGCCACCAAACUGUUGACACAUGGACUUCUGUCAUCUGUUGGCCGUCCGCGCACAGAACAGGAGAUGGGGACCGUGAUGCUGAUUGUCCCGCGAGCUCUUGGGGGUGUCCCCAGCGCUCCCUUCUCAUUCUUGUACGCCUGCUGUUUCCACGGGGACUUGCUAAGGAUUAAAAGGAUUUUCUCUUUUGGAAAA